UGGCGAUUUAGUGGGGAACAGUGAGGAUCAGUGGGGAACUGUCAGAGAUUGUUGUCGGUGUUUUGAAUGAAUGUCAAAGAAUCCGAAAGAAGUCGCGAAUGUGACGCAUUCGAAUAACGUGCAGAAUGCAAACAACGCGUUUCUACUGCCACCUCGUUUGGGGUGUUUGGUGUUUCUUACAAGUUAUUGCCAAGGAUUAUGUCAAACUGACACAUGAUGGAUCAGUUGUGUUGGGUGGCACAAUUACUUUUAGAGCGGAUUUAUACACAGAAGACGGCAAACGGCCGAAUGGGAAUUAUUACAGAUACACGUGGAAGGAUAAUUCAUUGAUGAAUCAUGAAUAUCAGACUGCAAAAACAUCAAAUACAACAACAUUUUGGAGCAUUAGUUAUCCACGGGAAAACAACAUUCCUGGAAGCUACAAUGUAGAGAUAAAAGUCGAAUACAAUGCUAUAUUUAUUUGGAUGUUUGAUACAAGUGCACAUACAGUAUUUGAAAUCUCUGAAUAUCUAAGUGGUAACAUAACCAUGCAGCAAGCCAAUAAAACUAUAGAUGGAGAUUAUAUCUCUAAUGUAAGUGAGACAAAACUAAUGAUAGACAUGCGUAAAAGUGAUUACAACUUUAUAAUGAAGAAGGCAACAGCGAUAUCAACGUAUUGGUUUAUCGACUGCAAAUAUUAUGGUCAAACAAACGAUUUCACCUUUGCUUACAAUUUUACGAGUCCUAAUAUGACGCACGAGAUAGGAGCCUUAGUGAUUGCUUCUUACAAUCCGCCAACGACUACCACUGUUUUGCCACUUACAACUACGACCGUGUCUCCUGCUAAUGUGACAACAGUCACACCGAUUACUUCUACAACAAAUCCAAAUGGGACUCAUGUUACAACUCCAAAUGGAACUAAUAUAAUAGCAACUACAUUACCAACAACUGUCACAAGUGCAAAGUCACCAAUAAAUUUCACGACAGCUGCUCCGAGUAAUGCAAGCAUAGAUGCUGCCAAUAUAUCUUUGCCUUUUAUUUGUUCAAAUACGUCUAUUAUUCCUCCAGAUCCUAACAAAACAUAUGGAUACUUUUAUAACAAGAUUUACGUUCGUGCUCCUAUAUCAAACAUCUCAAUAGAAGGCACAAAUUGGAUCCAACCAUGGGAUAUGUUGUCUCUGAAUGUGACUUGCAAAGGAUCAGGUCCCUUUUUGAAGUGUCUUCGAUUUCACAGUGGAAAAUAUAAUGUAACGGGAAACGAGACAUGCGAUAGUGUGGAUCAUUUGCACUCCUGCAGUUUUCCCAUUCUUCAUUAUUUUCUCGAACCAAGUGUUUAUACAAUAUUAAUAAUAUUAAAUAACAACGUCAGUAAGCAGAUUUAUCCAGUUACAAUAAAUAUUUACAAAGUUACAACAAAACCACAGUUAUCAGUUAUCGUAGUUCCAGUUUCUUGCUCACUCGUAGCUGUGGUGCUGAUAGUGUUUGGUGUGGCUUAUUACAUUCAGAGUAGAGCGAGAUUCACGGUAGAGGUCGCGGAUUUCGACUUUGGGCAAAGUAACCCAGAGAUGGAGUACAAAACGUUCACGGAACGUUUGCGCGACUCAUUUAAUAACACUGUAAGAUCAGGCGGCAAGCGGUUAAUUGUACCCUAUUAUGGCAGCAUGAAUCACUGAAAAAUGCAAGCUGGAUAUAAACCACUUAGCAACCCACAAACACUCCAGUGAUGCAUGAAUAAGAAGCAACUUUCCAAAAGGUGACACUAAAUUAUAAAAGAAAGUUUCUGCAAGGAAUGAACAGAAACACAAGCAAUGUCAGGCAAGAAUAUCCGUCAGCAAAUUCAACAGUAUUGGUAGUGAAAAUACUUGUUGAUUUUGUCGCUGUGACAAUAGACACUAAGCAGUUUCGCUUGAAGGUUGAUAUCGGUUGUAAAAAGAAAAAGGGCAGAGCUGCGUAAUCGUUCUAAACUUGUGAACGAUGGGAUCGAAAUUGUACAUAGCGAGAAGAAAAUUAUGAUGUAUAUAUAGGCUGUGAAUCUAGUACGCAACAGAGUGUUAGAUCGUUCUUAACACAAUAUUACGGGAGAAUUUGAUAUUUUUUUAAGGUCGCAACGAAAGGUAUCGAUUUAUAGUGCUUUUUAUGGUUUAUUAUGCGCUUACUAUUUUGAAUUGUUGAUUGUUAGCGAUCAUAUAUAUUUCACACUAAAUGGGAUGCGGUGUGACACGACGAAUAAAUUAUAAUAUAAAUUAUAUAUUUUAUUAACUUAUAUAUAUGCACAUAUGCGUAGAAAUUAAAAAUAAUAUGAAGAGGCUUUAACGAGAAGGGCAGCAUCAAAUUACAUCUCAAAGAAUUUUUGUGCCAUAUUUGUGUGCCAUAUUUGUGUUGAAUUUAUAAUUUGCUAAUCAGGAAUUUUUCUAAAGAUUUCAACAUAAGAAUGGUUAUUUUAGACUACAUUUAUUUAAAAAUGAGUGCAAUUAUGAGGGAAACAUCUGUAAUGCUGCGACACUAGGUUAGAUGAAUCUAAUUCUUUAAAUAAAAGUAUUUGCCAAAUAUCUUUAAUAAAGGAAAAAAAAGAUAUUAACAGAUAUA